GCUAUGAAAAGCGAAAACAAUAUUUUGUUUACAAUUUUUUUGUCCACUUUUUUGUGUCAAUCAAAGAGUUUUUUCCCGAUUGAAAGUCACGUGUGUUUUGGCCGCCAAUUGUGGCCGCAAUAGACGCGUCCGUCGGGUGUGAGUGAGUGAGUGGUCGCACCCGAAGAGGUGACACAUCGGGUCGUGUGGACCAACUCGAGUGAUGGCCGGCCACUCAUCGCAAGCGUCAGAUGAGCGGUCAUUCCUCAUCGGUCUGUGUCUGGCGUUGAGCUCUUGUGUCUUCAUUGGCGUCAGUUUUAUCAUCAAAAAGUUGGGACUCAUUCGGCUGUCGAGUCGUGGCCUCCGGGCGGCCAGCGGUGGCUUCGGGUACCUCAAGGACUGGGUUUGGUGGACAGGACUCCUCUUCAUGGGAACGGGAGAGUUGGCCAACUUUGCCGCCUAUGCCUUCGCGCCGGCGUCGAUGGUCACACCGUUGGGAGCCCUGAGUGUCCUCAUAUCGGCGGUGUUGGCCAACAGGUAUCUCAACGAAAGCCUGAAUCUCUUGGGCAAAAUUGGAUGCGUUUUGUGUCUCUUGGGCUCAACAGUGAUUGUGAUUCACGCGCCCAAAGAGCGACAGAUUGACACUUUGGAUCAGAUGGCGGUGAUGUUAACGCAACCCGUAUUUAUAGUAUACCUGCUGUUUGUGAUGUUCACCACAUUUCUGUUGAUCGCGUUUUAUGCGCCCAAAUAUGGCUCCACUAAUGUGUUGGUCUAUAUAAUGAUCUGUUCGCUCAUCGGUUCCCUUUCGGUGAUGUCAGUGAAAGGUCUGGGAAUAGCCAUCAAACAGACGGCCACCGAAGCCAACCAAUUGACACAUCCGUUGUUUUGGACAUUUCUGGUGUCGGUUGUGAUCACUGUUUCCAUACAAAUGAAUUAUCUCAACAAAUCGCUGGACAUCUUCGACACGUCUGUCGUGACUCCUAUUUAUUACGUAUUCUUCACCACAUUUGUGAUCAUCGCUUCCGCAAUACUACUCAAAGAGUGGCACUCAAUGACAAUCGACGACAGCAUCGGCAGUGUCUGCGGCUUUCUUGUCGUUAUAAUCGCCAUAUUCUUGUUGAACGCAUUCAAAGACCUCAACAUAUCGUUGAGUAGUUUGAGAUCCAAUUGUAUGUCCAACAGAAAUGGUCAUCAUUUGAAUGGUAGCCAAUCAGCCGACAGUCAGGAGUUGUUGACACCAAUGGAUGUCCGCNGCAUACGUUGUGAAUCUAAUCGACAUGUUAUUACUCAGCGAUCCGUUACUCUCUUUACACCAAAACCAUAA